AUUGUGAAUGCAAAAGAUUUAAGUUUGUACCAUCAAGACCAGAAGAAUGUAAAAUGUAUUGAUUACCUCUUAGAAAAGAAUUUAAUAUUUUGACUUGGAGACCUCCUUUUAAAUGUAAUCAUGGAAGCGAAGACAAUCUUCCUAAUUUCUUAAAAAGAUGUAAGAAAUGUCAAUGUUUUGAUUUUGAUUCUUAUUUUGCAUGCAAAGCUUGUGAUAGAAGAUAGGAAUUACAUGAAAUACUUUAAGAGGAUGAGUCAGAAAGAAAAGCUUUAGGCAAAAAGAUUUCUCAAGAUUACCUUCCACUUUCUACUACUCCAGACAUUCAACAAAAUGUUUUUUAAAAUUAAAAAUACUAAUAAAUGCCUUAAAAAUUACAAUAAGGAUUAGUCGGAAAUGUUAAACCAUUACCAAAAUAACAACUCUAAACUCAAUAAUAUACUAUUCCUUAUACUAGACCGAGUCAAUAAUAACAAAAAGCUAUUUAGUAAUAAUAAUAAUGUAACAAAACCGUUUAAAAGAAAAAGUGA